CUCUGCGACGUCUCGUAUACCAUUCGAUCAGACCGCUAUCUUGUUCACGUCAAGUAUGAACACGCACUCUCACCGUCUCUUGACAAUGGUACCCAUGUAUCCAUCCCCGCAUAUCUUCGUAUUGACAGCCCGUUAGUCAAUACAACGCACAUACCUCCGAGCUCGACGUUGAGGUUACGAAGUAACGUGGAUACUUCUGACGUCGGAAUACGAGGUGUUUUGAUACAUAACCACAACAUCCUCACGACAUCACCAUCUACCCAUCCCUCCUAACACCAACACUACAAACAAUCAACCAACCAACCAACCCCAACCAUCACCAUGCACUUCGCCUUCCCCGCCAUUACCCUGGCCCUUGCCGCCGCCGUCAGCGCCAGCAACCCCAUCGAAGCCGCCUGGAACGUCACCCGCUCUUACAAAGACGUCAGCCAACAAGUUGUGUCUUUCGAAAUCACCGCCGUCUACGUCGACGAAGAAUACCCCGAUGGUCUUGAGUCAAAGUGCACUUGGGUUGAGAAGGGGCAGGUCUACGGUGUUCAGUGCACCCCGGACACUUUCUCGGUUGAGCCCCAGCGCGAUGGUCUGACUAUGAAGCUCCAGCAGACUAUUGAGAAGCCGAACCAGCAGGUCGUAUAUGGAGAGGGCGAGGUUCCUCGUAGUGGGCAUGCUGUUAUUCCUGUUAACGCUCGUGUCGCUUAGAUUGGCGAUGGCUAUUUCGACUAUGUAUUGAAAGGCGGAGAAGAUGGAUGACUUCAGAAGUCAUGUUGAGUAGAAGCGUGUUGUCAAAAUCUAGAGUAGGACCUUCUCACAAGUCUAAAGUGAACGAUGUUGACUGUCUCCUGAACCAACUAGGCAUGGUUUGGCGAUGCUCAAUGACGUGCAAUACUUUGCAAGUGGGC